AUGGAUGUAGCCAAAGGAACUGUAACUGUAACGGGAGAUGCAGAUCCGUAUGAGAUUAUUUUACGAACAAAGAAGGUUGGAAAAUUCGUGGAAGUGGUGACAAUUGGACCUCCUCCUGCACCUCCAAAGAAGCCGGAGGAAAAGAAACCUGAGGAAAAGAAACCAACAGAGAAAAAAACAGAAGAAAAGAAACCCAAAGAAGAUGUUCAAAUUCAUCCAUAUAAUAUGCACAUGCCACAGGAUUGUGUUGUUUGUCGACAAAUGACCAUGGAACAUAUGAAUCAUUGGGAGGGACGAGACUCCAAUUGUACCAUUAUGUGA